AUGCUGAGAAAAAACAAAUGCAAACGCGCUGCUGCUGCUGCUGCUGCUGCUGCAGCAGCAGCAGCAGCAAAAGCUAGAGCAACACCACCAGCAGCAACAGUAGCAGCAACAGCAACACCAGCAGCAGCAACAGAAGCACCAGCAACAGCAGCACAACCAGCAGCAGCACCAACAGCAGCACCGGCAGCAGCAGCACCAACAGCAGCACCAAUAGCACUAACAGCAGCAGCAGCACCACCACCACCACCACCACCACCACUGCCAACAGAAGCAUCAGAAGCAGCAGCAGCAGCAGCAGCAGCAGCAGCAGCAGCAGCAGCAGCAGCAGCAGCAGCUUACUUUCGGUGA